CGGAGCCCCCUUCUCCAGCCCCUCCCCCCCGGCUUUGCGGGGCUGCAGUGGGAUUUCCCUUCGCCUCCGGAUGGGGUUGCUGUUUCGCUUCGCCCACGGUGAGAGACUGAGGCUUCGAGUGAGUGAGUCAUUUAUCGAAGGUCAAACAGCCAGUACACAGUGGAGCCAGGCUUCAAACCCAGGCCUCACUGAGACAAUCCUGAAAUGCUAUGGAAACCUAGAAGAAGAAAUGAUUGACUUUGCCUGGAGUGUGCCCGGAAAGACUUCGCUAAUUACAGAAAGACACAACAAGCAGUUGCUGAGCACCUCCCGUGUGCCAGACACCAGCGUCUGUCCCUGAUUCCAGGAAUGACCCUGGGAGGCUGCGGUGUCGCCUGCCGAAGGGCAGGGAGUUGGUCAGAAAGUCAUGUGCCUGCGGUGGUUCCCAUCCUCGGGGAUCUGGGAGCCUCUGCCCAAUCCCCCACUUAGACCUUUGAUCUGCAUUCUUCCUGAAGUUGUCAUUCCAGAAUUUCACGGGGUGUAUAAUCGCCAACAGCCUGGAGGAAGCCAGGCGCCCUUUACAAGUAUGGUUGCAGUUGCCUCACUUCCUGUAUCAUGUGACUGUCUCGUCGUCAUCACAUGACCCAUCCACUCUAUUAUGCCGGAAAGAACCCGAAAGGCUAGUCCGCUGUGGGUAGCUACCCGGGUACCUGCAUCCCUAUUCUCGUUGACUGAACCCUCUGUCUUCUCCAAGGCUUGGGAGCCCUGCAGCCUUCUCAUCUGGUGAUGGAGCUUUCCAGACAGGAGUGUCCCAAGCCCCUGGGCAGGGUACAUGUGGUGGCUGCCAGCCUCACCGGGUUGCUUCUACUCCAGGCAGUGUCUUGGGCAUCAGGUGCCCGCCCCUGCAUCCCGAAAAGCUUCGGCUACAGCUCAGUGGUCUGUGUCUGCAAUGCCACGUACUGUGACUCCCUUGACCCCCUGACCCUGCCUGCCCCUGGCACCUUCAGCCGCUAUGAGAGCACGCGCAGCGGGCGCCGGAUGGAGCUGAGUCUCGGGACCAUGCAGACCAACCGGACGGGCACAGGGCUGCUACUGACCCUGCAGCCGGAUCAGAAGUUCCAGAAAGUGAAGGGCUUUGGAGGGGCCAUGACAGACGCUGCUGCUCUCAAUAUCCUGGCCCUGUCACCUGCUGCCCGGAAUUUGCUACUGAAGUCGUACUUCUCUGAAGAAGGAAUCGAAUACAACCUCAUCAGGGUACCCAUGGCCAGCUGUGACUUCUCCAUCCGCACCUACACCUAUGCUGACACCCCUGAUGACUUCCAGUUGCUCAACUUCAGCCUCCCGGAGGAAGAUGUGAAGCUCAAGAUACCCCUGAUUCACCAAGCCCUAGAGAUGGCCAAGCGCCAUGUCUCACUCUUCGCCAGUCCCUGGACAUCACCCACGUGGCUCAAGACCAAUGGGGCAGUGAAUGGGAAGGGGUCACUCAAGGGUCACCCGGGGGACCGCUACCACCAGACCUGGGCCAGAUACUUUGUCAAGUUCCUGGAUGCCUAUGCUGAAUAUAAGUUACAGUUCUGGGCAGUGACAGCCGGGAACGAGCCCUCUGCUGGGCUGCUUAGCGGAUACCCCUUCCAGUGCCUGGGCUUCACCCCGGAACACCAGCGAGACUUCAUCGCUCGUGACCUGGGUCCCACCCUCGCCAACAGUGAGCACCGCGGUGUCCGUCUGAUCAUGCUGGAUGACCAGCGCUUGCUGCUGCCCCGUUGGGCACAGGUGGUGCUGGCAGAUCCAGAGGCCGCUAAGUACGUUCAUGGCAUCGCUGUCCAUUGGUACCUGGACUUUCUGGCUCCGGCCAAAGCCACCCUGGGGGAGACACACCGCCUCUUCCCCGACACCAUGCUCUUUGCCUCGGAGGCCUGCGUGGGCUCCAAGUUCUGGGAGCAGAGUGUGCGGCUUGGCUCCUGGGACCGGGGGAUGCAGUACAGCCACAGCAUCAUCACGAACCUUCUCUACCAUGUGGUCGGCUGGACCGACUGGAACCUCGCCCUGAACCCCGAAGGGGGACCCAACUGGGUGCGCAACUUUGUCGACAGCCCCGUCAUCGUGGACAUUGCCCAGGACACAUUUUACAAACAGCCCAUGUUCUACCACCUCGGCCACUUCAGCAAGUUUAUUCCUGAGGGCUCCCAGAGAGUGGGGCUGGUUGCCAGCGAGAAGAACGACCUGGAGACAGUGGCGCUGAUGCAUCCGGACGGCUCUGCAGUUGUGGUCGUGCUGAACCGCUCCUCUAAGGAUGUGCCCCUCACCAUCAAGGAUCCUGCGGUGGGCUUCCUGGAGACUCUCUCACCUGCCUACUCCAUUCACACCUAUCUGUGGCGUCGCCAGUGAAGGUGCAGAUGCCCAAGCAGGCGCCUGGGCUCGACAUGGGCAUUAAAAGGGACAGAGUCAGCUCGCAUGCCGUCUGUGGCUAAAGAGGGUACAGCAGGGCCGGGGUGAGCUGGUGAUGUAACCCAGGGGCAGUGGUUUGGGUGACUCACUCUCCCCUCUAGCUGGUGCCAGGGGCUGGAGGCCCCUCGGGAAAGGCUUGGGGAGGCCCAGUGGCCCCCCACCCCCAAGCUUGUGUGAUCGUGUGCUCUGUGCUGGUUGCCUGUGGAAACUGGGCCCAGGCCCAGGGUGAGCUCACUGUCUGUACAAACACAAGAUGGGAGUGGGGGGAGAGUGGGGGACGGAGAGACUAGGAAAGCUGGACCCAGAACCGAGGGCUGUGUCUUUCCUGGAGAGGCAGGAACGGGCCCUUGUACGAGCAGUGUCAGGAUCAGGGCACAGGCAGCUAAGAAGCCAGGCAUCGUGGGGGGGCUCAGGCACCCACACGGCCCCUCGGCACCAGCUGGCAAAAACGGUGGUGCCUUGAAGGACGGAAUGACUGACCCCAA